AUGUUACUUCUACUAUUAAUUCUUAUUAUUCAAUAUAUAUCAGCUGAAACUGAUUUAAAAUCCAAUGAAACACGUUUAGAAAUUGAAAAAUUAAAUGCACUUAAAUAUGAACAUCAUAGUAAAAUAUUUGGUCUUCAAGCAGAAUUUAGUUUUAAAAUAUUGAAUAUAACUUAUGCUCUAUAUGAAUUAAAUAUUGAUUCAUAUUAUUUUUCAAUAACUUUUAUUGAUGAAGAACAUCAUGAAGAACGAACUGAAAUUGAAGAUUUACCAAAUAAUGAAACAAAUUAUCAUGGUCAAUUAAAUUUAAAAAAUUUAGAUGCCGAAGGAAAUUAUUUAAUAUGUGUAUUUUUUCUUACAAAUAAUCAAACAAAUUUAAUUGGUUCAAGUCGUUUUUGUCAUGUUGUUUCAAUUUCAGACAGUUGUCAAUUAGAACAAUUAGAAAUAUCAUUUACUAAUCAACCGGUUUAUAUUUUACUUAUAUUAGUUGUUGUUCUAUUAGUAAUUGUUGUUAUAGUUACAUAUGUACGUCGUUGUAUUUAUCGACCACGUAAUUUUGAAGAAAGACUUAAAACAUUACCAGAACAUCAUGCAAAUGAUUUAACGCAACUUGCUGGUCUUAGCAGACGAAGAAACCGUGAAUUAACAACAUCUCAUGAUCGUCUACGUGGAGAAUCAAUUUCUACUAUUGGUUCUGUUCCUUAUGAUGAUCAUGAACUUGUUAAUUAUAAUGGUUAUGAUAAUAGAUCAUUAACUACUCUAACUGAAUAA